GUUAGUUAUAGAAUUUAUUGCUAGUGCCAAUGUUAAUCAUUAGCAAGAUCUUGUUUGCGAGGAAAAUGCAAACAAUUAUAGAAGACAAAUGUUUUCAUUGGAAGAUGUCACAAGUGGGGUGCCACAAGGUCCUGUGUUUGCCCCAGUAGUGUUUCUGAGGGACAUCAGAACAAGAGAAGACGCGAUUUUGAAGACCAAAAUGUCAAAUCUACUAAAGGCAUGGAUAAUUCUGAUUAAUAUUAUCGUAAUCAUGAAGAAACACUGAUCUACAGGGGUUUUAGAGCGCCUAGGGAAUGGUCGAGCUUAAACUAACUGAAAGUCCAUCUUUCUCUCUCUCUCUCUCUCUCUCUCUCUCUCUCUCUCUCUUGUCUGAAUGUGUUUUUUGUUGAUACUGAAGACGAAGACGUGUACGUCAGAAUUCAAUAUGAGAGUUUAAAUAACCUUAAUUCAUUUUUUUUUUCAGAACUGCUACGAGAUGGACCGCUACCUGAAGGACGAGCCUCGGGUGAAAGGGGGCGGUCGCAAACUGGGCAGCUGUGAGAUCGACGCCCCCUGGCAGGCCUUCUACGAGGACUGUGGCCACGACUCCUCGUCGCAGCCGCUGCGUAUCUAUAAGCUAGGCAGACCCAUCAAGGGCGGCCGCAACUCCCGCCUUCUGGUGAAGGUCAAGACCGAGGCUCUCAACUCUGAGCUGAACAUCAAGCGGGAGAACUUCGAACGCGACACCUGCGAAAAGAGCGAAACUCUGGAGGACGAGGUCAUAGUCAAGGACGAACCCUUGGAGGACCUUGAUGACCCUUCAAGUCAGGACGACCUUUGUGGUUCAGAACGAUCCCUAGACUCUGUGUCAGUGUCCUCCUCUUCCUCCGCCUCCUCCCUCGCUUCCUUGGAGGGGGACCUUGAUGCCCCCGUCAGUGUGGGAGAGCAGAGUCCUACCCGCGGCCGAUCACUCGUCUCAUGGGCGUCUUCUGAGGACAUGGUAACGGACGCGCGGCUGGACUCGGGUGCGCGACGGGGCUCCAGCACGUCGUUCUUCGGCGCGACAAAAUUGCUGACAGCCAAGUCUGCCCCUAACAUAGCCACACUGACCCCACCCUCCUCCCCGGAGACCUCGCCCGUCACACAUACCCACACGCUUCUGAAGGUUCAUGCCCGCUCACAAGUGCCAAAGUUUAUCUCCUUCGCCACCUCCUUGCCCCUCAAGACGAGUAACAGCAACAGCAGUAGUCUGACUAUGGGCGUGCGAGGGAUGAGUGUGGGCGUACAUCCGCGGGCGGCAGACACUUCUCCGGACGCCAAACGUCGGGUACACAAGUGUCUCUUCCCCGGCUGCAAGAAAGUGUACACCAAGUCCUCGCACCUCAAGGCCCACCAACGUACACACACCGGUGAAAAGCCGUACCGGUGUUCGUGGGAAGGCUGUGAGUGGCGGUUCGCUCGCUCCGACGAACUCACCCGUCACUUCCGGAAACACACGGGAGCCAAGCCGUUCAAGUGUCACCACUGCGGCCGCUGCUUCUCCCGCUCCGACCACCUGGCUCUCCACAUGAAGAGGCACCAGUGAGGUCGGCCUCAGUCAUCUUCUUCAGCUGUCUCAGAUGACCCAGCACAACAGGACCAGCACAAGAGCACCCUAGCUUGACUUCUGUUGAUGUCACUUCCCCUGCCGUGUUCCUGCUUUCCGUGGCUGGACCUCGCCCCUAACUCUCACACACAUGCCCCUCUCUUCCCAUUUCCUCGCCCACUCGUGUAAUUGACACCAGCAGUGACCCAAACGUGACCUUUGACCCCCAGAGUGGCCCUAGAUGGGAGUUAGGGAGGCUAGCAAGGUGUAGGCAAGCACGGCACUCUGGACUUAACACAAUGCUAGCAUGAGAAAAUGAUUUCCCUGAACAAUCCAGAUUUUAGUAUGUACAGAGUUAUCCCUGCAGAAGAGAAAUUAAAAAUUAUGCUGUAAGUGGACAAGACAAAAACUACAAGCAGAUUUAUGGUAAUAUAUCGUGUGUCGAAACGUUGCGAGAAACUGAGAGAGGGAAAAUGGAGAGUGUACAGAUUAUUUCUGAUUCAUAAACAAAAAAAAGGGCUUAGUGUGUCCCCAGAAACUUGUGUUAUUUUGUGUACAGUGUAGAUUGUAAGGUUGAAACCACCAGAGGUGUGGUAUUUUAGUGUAGCCAACAAAUAAGAUAAACGUUUACGUAUGUGAGUGGUUGCCUUCAAACCAGUGAUCAUUUUCUUUGUAUACAUAGAUUUUUAUUCAUUCUGUGAAGUCACUAAGAGCUCCAUGGCUGCAAAGCAAAAAAAAAAAAAAAAAUAUUUAAAAAAAAAAGAACAAAAGGAAAAAAGAAAAUGAUCUAUUUGUUGUCUUCUUCUCUUUUUAUAUUUGAAUUUCAGACAGAAAGUAACCACAAUUUUAAGUUAAAUGAAAAAAAAAUGCUAGAUUUUAUCUCGAAAUGUACAAAACGUCUUCAUGUAUCGCUAAGGAUACAUACCGUGUAUUGUUGUAAUACUGAUGUCUAGCGCUGUACAUAAACCAUUAAUAUAAGGAUUCUGUACCACUGCCAUGCUACAUGAGGCACGGAUUAGAUCAAGUGUGUGAUGGUGGUUACUCCUCAGUGUCUGAGUCUACCACCUGUCACAUCAAAACUAAGCAGAAACAGCCGAUAUUAACCUCUUAAUGGAAACAACAACCUCAGAAAAGAAAAAAUGGCCUUGUGGGUGAGGACAUGUGUGGAUUUUGGUAUAUUCCGGCGUUAUCUGAAGCUUAAUGCUUGAUUUACUUGCUGUAUUUUAAGCUUUGAAAGGAACAAAAGCCUCUCUGUAAGCUUGGCAGCCAAGGAGCUUUAAGCAGAUACUCGCUAUGAUAGAUCCUCCACGCAGUCAAUCCCAGCUCCCUGGGUCUCAGAUCAGCUCGAGGACUCCAGCAUCAGAGGUGACAUACUAAUUAUGACUUCACGUGUCUCGUCUACUACAUCUCUUUACACAUGUGGCGCCGGCUUUGACUCCUUCACACACAAGAUGGUCUUUCUAGCUAUCACUGAAAUAAACCUGAAGAACUCG